CCGUAUAUUACGCGGUCGUUUGAUCUUAAAACACCUCUUUCCUCACUCGUCCCAAUUCCCCGCGAACCAACCCCACCCACCCCAACUCCAAAAUGCCACAAUUCUUCCGCGUGGUCGAGCACACCAUUAAUUGCGCGCACUCCCGCGAAUACGCAACAGCAACUGCGAAUGGCGACGCCGACAGGCCGAGACUCGCUGUGAAGCAGUAUAUCCCACUCGACAACCCGAAUCCCCAGCCCGGCGAUGUGACCAUCAUUGCCGCCCAUGCCAAUGGGUUUCCCAAGGAACUAUACGAGCCGCUCUGGGAUGAACUCCAGAAGAAGACGGCAGAGACCGGCAUCCGCAUCCGGUCCAUCUGGAUCGCCGACAUGUGGAACCAGGGGCAGUCGGGCGUGCUGAACGAGAAGAUCCUUGGCAACGACCCUAGCUGGUGGGACCACACAAGAGACCUCGCCAACCUGAUCAACCAAAAGCGUGACGAGAUGCCGCAGCCGCUGGUCGGCAUGGGCCACAGCAUGGGCGGCGCGCAGCUCACAUAUCUAGCCCUCUGCCACCCGCGUCUACUCUACUCCCUCGUCCUGCUCGACCCCGUCAUCACCACCUCGCACAGCGGCAUCGGCCCGGCCGCCGCCUCCACCAACCGCCGCGACAUCUGGGAUUCCCGCGCCGCCGCCGCCGCCAAGUUCGCCCAAUCCCCCUUCUACCGCGCCUGGGACCCGCGCGUGCUCGACCUCUGGAUCCACCACGGCCUGCGCGCCCUGCCCACUGAGAUAUACCCCUCCCACUCAAGUGGCACCACCACCACCCCUGGAGACACCCCCGUAACCCUAACCACAACCAAACACCAAGAACUCUUCACCUUCCUCCGCCCCACCUACCACCCCUCGCGGGACCUCCGCGACUUCGACCCCUCCGGCCUCGGCCUCGGCCCCGAAGCGGCCGCCGCCGCAAACGACAGGGGCAAAUACCCGAAAUUCGCCUUCUACCGGCCCGAGCCCCUGCAAGCCUUCGCGCGGCUGCCCGAGCUGCGGCCGAGCGUGCUGUAUGUCUUUGGCGGGAAGUCAGAGAUGUCGCGGCCGGAGGAGCGGAGGGCGAAGAUGGAGCGGACGGGGAGCGGGUUGGGGGGCAGUGGUGGGGUUGCGGGGGGGAGGGUGAGGGAGGUGGUGCUGGAUUGUGGGCAUCUGGUUGCGAUGGAGAGGGUGGGGGAGUGUGCGGAGGCGGCGGGGGGGUUUUUGGGGGCGGAGUUGGAGAGGUGGGGGGCGGAGGAGAGGGUGCGGGGGGAGGGGAGGAGGGUGGUGGGGAGGAGGGGGGUGAUUAUGGUGGAUGAGCGGUGGAAGAGGGAGAUUAAGGGGAAGAUUUAGGAGGGUCAGGGGGUUAUGAACUACUUGGGGAGGUGACUUUUGGGUGUAGAUGGGAGAUGGAGUCAUGCACAGCCUGGUAAACUACUAGGACCGUUCGUUGGAGAUAUACAUUCGUGUUCGAUGUGCGCUUGAAGGGCAUUUAAGUUGCAGUUAGUACGGGUCGAUCCCAGAUGACUAGGGAAACUGGACAGAGGCAAUGGCAACCUGUCAUUGUGUGAUGUGGAAUUAACAGAACCAGAAUUCAGAAAAGGAUUGCUUCG